AUGCUCUCCAAACUCAAAGACUCCUUGAAAAAGAAGACGAGUGGAAACAAAACAAGCGGAGGAGACUCUUCCUUCGACUCUGCUUCUGACAAUUCCAAUUCCCAAUUAAAUAUUGACACUAAUCACUCCGUUGCAUUGAGUGGUUUGGCAUUGAAUGAUCAUUCCUCAUCGAAUGCCUUCGAGUCAAAAAAGAAGAGUGUUCGGAAAGUUGAAAAUGAAGGAUAUUUAUUGAUGCAAUUAAUUGGGGCCACAAAUUUGAAAAGUGCGGAUGUGAAUGGAUUGUCAGAUCCAUUUUGUUCGAUUCGUGUGAAAAAUUCUCGAUUGAGUGAAUCGGUUGAACAAUUUCAAAAAACAGAAGUCCUCAAAAAGACACUUGAUCCACGUUGGAAUGCAUUUUUCUUUUUUGAUGUUAUUGAGCUUGCUGGCACUUUUGUUGAAUUUGAAGUUUAUGAUUAUGAUCGCCUUUCAAAGAAUGACUUAUUGGGAGGAUGUGCUUUCAAAUUAGCAUUAUUAACUCCAUACAUUCAAACAGAGUUAUCCAUCGGCCUCGAUACUCAAGGAAGUGUUGAAUGCAGUUUAAUGUACAUUCCACAAAAUGCGUUUGGAUUUCUCAUGAAGAAAUGUAUUGAAACAAAAUCUUUAUAUGUCGAUAAGGAAUUUCCUGGUACUCUUUCAUCCAUUUGUUCAAAUGAGGAUUUUUUGAGAAAUAGAGGAAUUGAACCUUCUGCAGUUCACUGGAUGAGACCCAAAGACUUUUGUAAAGGAAGUUUAAAACCAGAAUUAUUCUUGGCAGGUAUUGAACCAGCAGAUAUUCGUCAAGGUCGUGUGGGAGAUUGUUACUUUUUAGGAGCCAUUGCUGUUGCAGCAUUGCAUCCAAAACUCAUUAAGGCACUCUUUAUUCCAUCAGCUUACAAUGAAUAUGGAAUUUAUCAAAUCCGAUUGUUUUAUAAUGGCAUGUGGCGUGAAAUCAUGAUUGAUGAUUAUGUACCCAUGAUUGUUUCGAAUAAGAUUGAAAGUAAGACACGAAGUAAUUUUGCACCAUUGUUUGCGAGAUCGAUCGAUAUUGAAGAAUUGUGGGUGAUUUUAUUAGAAAAGGCCUAUGCCAAACUACAUGGCUCUUACGAAGCCAUCGAAGGUGCUCAUUCCAUUCGUGAAGCUUUCGAACACUUGACUGGUGGUUGGAGUGACGCCAUCGAUCUCAAUCCCUACGCAGAAGGUAAAAAAGACAUGACUGAACUCUUCAACUCAAUGCUCGAAUGGAAAAAAUGUCGUCACCUCAUGGCCACAUCCACCACAAGUGACUCUGAUUUUGAUUUUGAAAAUACUCUCAUUCCCAACGAACAUGGAAUUGUUCCAAAACACGCCUAUUCCAUUCUCGAUGUUCGUUUCAUUUCAAAAGAUGAUUCUCCUGAAGGAAUUCCUUAUCGCUUAAUUAAAUUAAGAAAUACUUGGGGUAAAACGGAAUGGCUUGGAAAAUUUAGUGAUGCAUGGGAGGGAUGGACUGACACGUUGAAACGACGUUUGAAUUUAGUGAAUAGAGAUGAUGGAGCAUUUUGGAUGGGAAUUGAGGAUUAUGUUCAACAAUUUAAUUAUAUUUAUGUGUGUCGAGUGCCCAUCACCAAAGAAGUGACAGGUGCCGAUGGUUUCAUGAAGGAAAUUUCAGCCAUUCCUUCCAAUUCAUUGAAUGAAUCCACCAAUGCCGACUCGACAACGACGACACGUUUGAAAAUUUCAGAUCGACAUCAAUAUACCAUUUUUGAUAAGAAAGGAGGAUCAUGUGAAUGGAAUCACCAAUUAUAUCAAAAUGCUGGAGGACAAGCUUAUUUUAAGGAUACCUUUUUCCAUAAUCCUCAAUUCAGACUUUCUUUGGAAUUGCCUCCCAUCAUGAAUGAAAUGAGUGGAAAUGGUGGAGAAGAAACAACACUUGGUUCCUUGUCACCUUCUUCUUCUGUGAAUUCACCACAAACUUUGAGUUCACCUGGAACAUCCUCCACGUCCUCCACAUUGGGUCGAAAACUUUCCAAAGAUUCCAAAGAGUCUAUGGUGAGAGUCAUUCUCAGUAUUCGAUUAUUGGAAGAGUCUUCUUCUUCUUCACAAAAACAACAACAACCUCAAGAAAGUAUGACACGAAAACGAAAUGCAGCAGCUUCCAAACAAAAUCCAAUUGGACUCUAUAUUUACAGAAAUCGAAAGGCUGUGAAAAGUGGAAAAUAUGGAAUGAUGGAUUUUCCAUCUCAACAAGUGGAUGUGAUUGGAGAAACUUCCAUGAAAAAACUCACACGCGAUGCUGUGGAAGUUUAUUUGCCACGUCCCAAUGUGAAAAAAUAUGAACAAGAGAAGGCAGAAGGUUUGCAUGAUUAUACAAUUGUGGCGUGUCGAUGGUAUCCACAAACAGAGGGAUCCUUUGCUGUGCAGGUGUGUUCAGAUUACAAGUAUAUGGUUUUUGAAUCGUUGGAAGGUGGAAGUGGUGGCAGUGGAGGAGGAGGAGGAGGAUCAAAUGUCACACGUUCUGCAACGGAUUUCUUUAAAAAAGUCAUUAAGAGUGAAUGGAAUGGAAUUGAUUCGUGUGGAGCUCAUUGGCAAACUUCAACUUUUAGUACCAAUCCCAAGUUUUUGUUGCAAUGUUUGCCUCAACCUUCUGUUCCAAGUGCUGGUGGUGGUGGCGAAGGAGGGGUUGAACAAUUCUUGAAAAAUCCAGUGAAUAUCUAUGUCGAGUCUGAAAAUUCGAAAAUUCCCUUCUUUCCCUAUGUGGUUUCAUUGGCCAAGUUCAAGAAAUGGAUGCAACAAUCGGUGCCACAACCUCUCACGAAGGAAGAAUGUGCUCUCUUUCCACCGAAUGGGAAUGAAUUUUUCACCAUUCGUUCCUCGUUUGAUUGUGAAUUGGCCACUCGUCGAGACAAGCCAGUAUCGUACUUGUUGAUCAUGGGAACACCUUACAAGAUGAGUGGAAACUUUACAAUUGUGAUUAAGAGUCAAUAUGAAAUUACUGCAGAACAGGUGUCACUUUAA